UCGCAUAUUUCUUUCUUUGCUAAUCUAAGAACACAAAUUUAAAGAGCUGAAAAACCUGUAAUUUGCUCUGAAGAAUAGUUGAGAAAGAUCAAAAGGAAAGGAUUCCGCCCAAAUUCAAACUUUUUUCCAGAAAUCGAAUUCAAAGUCGCUCGCUUUCAGCAUGGCCAGUGUGCAUUGAUUUUUCAAAGAAUAGUGGAAGCAAAUUCGAGUGUCGGAAACAUGAGUGCACAAUACGCAGGCACUGCCGCUGCUUCUCCAACCACAUCAUCAACUACUGGCGCAAAAGUAUCUAUGUUCAAGGGGAAGGCAGGUUUUGUGAUACCAAAAAACAAGUUUUCAGGUUCACUAGUUCCCAUUUUCAAAGGUGUUAAAAAGUCAGAGAGCGAUGAUGCUGCUAUAGAUGAAAGUAACAGACAGCUGCACAGGAAAACAAAGUGGGGACCUGAUCUUACACAGGAUACUUCUGUGAGGAGGGGAAGAGCUUUAGCGUAUCAGACUCGAGUGGAUCAAAUCACGCAACUGCUGAAAUCGGGAUCAUUAGGAAAUGACGAUGAAGAUUCAAAAUCAGCUAGAGACUCUCAAGAUGGCGAGCUUCCAACUACGCAGAUUGAGUUCAAGAAGUUGCGAAGUUUGGAGUUUGAAAGACGAGAAGCUAUAGGGGAAAUACUGAAGCUGAAUCCAAGUUACAAAGCUCCAUCUGAUUAUCAACCUGUAGUGAGGGAAGCUACCGUUCCUUUACCGGUAAAGGAACAUCCCUAUUACAACUUUCUUGACCUAGUAUAUGGUUCUGAUGGCGAAAUUCAGAAGAGAUUGGAAAAGGAAACUGGAACAAAAAUACAAGUUUGUGGCACAAAAUCAGAGACCAACAAAACGGUUGAAAUUAAUGCAUCUGAGGGGAGUGAGCUUGUAAGAUCUUGUGAGGAGGUAUACGUUCGAAUAUCUUCAGACACUUAUGAGAAAGCUGAUGCUGCAGCUGCUUUGAUUGAAUUGCUACUUAGCUCAGUACCAGUAAAACCUGCUACCUCUACAACUGGAGAUAAUGAUCAAGCUCAAAGGGGGGGUCAUGACAUAGCUGCUACUCAUGCAAUCAAUACAUCCAUGGAAAACCAAGAACUGCAGCCAGGUGUAGGAUCUAUACCAAGUUCUUCACAGGGACAUUUUCAGCCAUACCCAAACUCAUGGUUGCCACCAGAUCAAUAUAACUCACCUUCUGGCCAUGCACCUGGUCCUAAUUCUAUGGCUUUUCCAUUCAACCCUUCACUUCAACGUCCAUUAUUUGGACUUGGACCGCCUUCUCCCUAUGGAUUUGUCUCAUCUCAUCAGGGCACUGCAGUUCCGCCCCCAAGGGCACAUACUUCGGCACAAGUUAUGCAGGGCCCAUUUGGGCCUCCUGCGUAUUCUUUAGGGCAAACUGGUCCACAACUUUCUUCUCCAUCUCCAUUUUCUGCUCAUCAGCCAACUUUAGCAGGUUCGUCCAGGCUCCCCCCUCCACAACUAGCCGAGCGAAACAUGACCCCUCUGUCAACCUCACCUGGAUGGGCACCUUCUGGUAGCUUUCUUACUAUAGGUUCUUCACAGGGAUCUAUGGUACCUCCACCAUUUGCUGCUUCACAAACUCCUCAGUUUCCUUCACAAAUGCGGUCUUCCUCACCCAUGCCUUCUCAGGGCGUUGCACAACUAUUUAAUCCAUCCUCAAAUAGUGCAUUAAGGCCAACACAAAAUCCUCUGCCUCCCUCUGCAAUUCAUGCACCAAGUUUUACUCCCCUAAAUCACAUGGGUCCAACAGCUCCAGGGCAAACACUUCCUGGUUCCGGCGGGUUCUCUUUUCAACCGCACCGACCACAAGGAGCACCAUUGCAGUCUCUCCCCCCGGGACCAGGUUUGCAUUUUGCAUCUCAAAGACCUGGAUCAGCACCAUUGCCUCCCGCACCGCAAGUGCCAUCAUUCCGUCCGGCAUUGCAAAAUACGAAUCAGCAGCCUGUCAGACAACAAAACUUUCCAGGUCCACCAAUGGGUAAUCAGAUGGGCCAACGCCCUGGCCAGUUUGGGCCUCCAAGCCCAAAUCAAUACAUGGGCCCUAGACACCUUGGUCCAGUUCCUCAGGGUCUAAAUGCUGGUGGUCCUUACCCUACCCGAGGAGGACAUUCUGUUCAAUUUCAGCAAAACUUUCCUCCCCCUCCCUUGAGCCGGCCUGGAGGUAAUUUUUCUGCAAAUCUGCGCCCCAAUUCAUCUGGCAGACCUCAAGUUUAUGAUCCCUUUUCUCCUCAAGUUUAUGAUCCCUUUUCUCCUACUUCUAUCCCUUCUGCUCCUCGGGCUCAGGGAAGCAACAAUGAGACUGCAAGGAAACAGGACUCAGAUCCUGAAUAUGAGGAUCUGAUGGCAUCUGUUGGGGUCAAAUAACGACUAUUAGUCUGCACCUUAUAGAGUUCCUAGUUAUACUGUAUGCGAGUUCAGAGUUUGAACGGGAAAGAUGGCACAUGUAGGAUUCCAGUUUUGCUUCUUAUCUGUUAUGAGGCGCUCUUGAUCUAUGGUUCCAGAAUUUGUUGAGGGUUAGGGCCCUGAUUACAUUUGCUAAAUCUUCUUGAUGAAAUGUGGUCAAAUCUGCUUUGAUGAUGUAAUAUCUAAAGUUCUAAACAGUAACAUUUCAGGAAUUACUUUAUGCAUUAUGGCAGAUUAUCUGAUGUAAUUCUUUGUUUACCUAUUAGCAACCAGAGUUCCUUGUUUACCUAUUAGCAACCAGAGUUGGGUUUGAUUACUGGUUAAAUCUAAACAGUAACAGUUCAGGAAUUACUUUAUGCAUUAUGGCAGAUUAUCUGAUGUAAUUCUUUGUUUACCUAUUAGCAACCAAGUUGGGUUUGACUUCUUAAAUGUAUUGUAAUUGCACUUGGUAAUUCACUA